UGCUGGGGGCAGGAUGGUGCGGACGAAGGCGGACUGCGGCGGGGCCUACCGCAAAGUGCUGGCCGCCCGGGCUCCCCGGAAGGUGCUGGGCUCCACCAGCCUCAACGCGGGACCGUCGCCGGCCGCCAAGAGAGGGGAGGGCCGCCGUGUCGGGGGGAACCCGGUGUGCGUGAGGCCUGUCCCCGCCUGGCAGAGGGGCAUCGGCGAGUUCCUGCAGCUGUCGCAGAAGGAGAACCGGGUGCCCGGCGGAGAGGUGGCGGGGAGCAGCGGCCUGGGGCCGGCUGCCAAAAAAGCUCGCCCCCUGCCACCGGAUCCUGCAGAAGAUGGCGAGUCCUCUGAAGAAGAGUAGACAUGAGCUGACCCCAACUUUAAUGAUAAACCGCAUCUCCUACACUCGAGCUGUUUUUUGUAUAGUUUUUUUACAGUUUGUUAUGGCUUACGUUCAGCUAUUGUACAGAACUAAAAGUAUAAGUUUGAGAGACUGCAAGAACAUUGUGGUGAAAUUAAUAUAUACUUUGUGAAGCUUAGCAUUCAGUGUAAGUCACUGUUUUAAUUUUUAUCUUGGUUUCCUUGAGUUCCUCAGUGACUCCUGCAUAUUGUGCAGCUUUUAUCUUUUGAUUGCCUUGUGCUUGUCCGAGACUUGCGUGAUCAUGCUCGUUCUGUCUUUAGAAAGCAGAUCCUCAAUUUUCUAAGACACCGAAGCAUUCUGAAAGUACAUCCAUAUCAUGUCUUUAUUGAAGUAAAAAUUUAACAACAAUCUCUUUGUCCAAAGAUGGGAAAACUGGAUUUGAAAAGACACCGGUGAGGUGGAAGGGCAGCUGUUGCUUGCUGUGAUUUCGAGGUGAAGUUUAAUUAAAACAAACUGGGUUGUUCUAACAAAUCAAAACCCUGAAAGCCCGGGGAGCAAUAAACUGCUAAAAAUAAAUCCAACUUGUUAUUGUGAAGUGCCUGAGGCUGCCACACAACUUUGGGGGUACUUUAUAUGA